CACUUUUUUGACGAAUGAUCAGUUUUAACUCUGUCUCGGAAAUAACUCACAAUGAAAACGUUCGUGGUAACGUUGUGCCUUAUUGUCUUCCCCCACACGUGCGUAAAACUGCCCCCAAAUUUUAUAAAAUGCAACCGCCAUGAAGCAAACUUCCAAGAAUGUCUUAUCAAAGCUGUCAAUUACGACAUCGCUCAAAUGUACAAACCUCACAAAAAGGUACGCUUACCUGGCGUGGAGCCUCUAGAACUCCUGAGCAUGUCGUCUAACGUGGAUACGAACUUGAUAAAGCUCACCGAACGGUUGAAGAACUGCCAGUUCCAUGGGGUGUCCAAGGGAAGAUUUAGAACUUUCGUGUUCGAUUUCCAACGGCGGGUUAUAUCUGCAAACGCCAAUCUUCCGUUCGUUGAAUCGUCUUGCGACUAUAAACUGAACGGUACGAUUUUGGGGGUGGCGCUCAAAGGCGAAGGACCCAGCUGGCUGGACUUCACCAGUUUUAACAUGAGUUUUUAUGUUACGUACGACGAAGUUGUCAAAAACAAUAAGACUUACGUGAAAAUAGCCACUUGUAAAGUGGACGGCAAACCUGAAAAGUUGCAUUUCAGGAUCGAUAAUUUGUUCGACGGGGAUGAAGAAGCCGGAAGGAGGGUGAACGAGAUUGUCAAUGAAAAUUGGAGUGUACUGUAUGAUGAUAUUAAAAAUGAGUAUUUGGAUAUACCGGGUGGGAUGUUGGCGACUAUUUUGAAAGGUUUUUUUUCAAGAGUGUCGCUGGAGGAGUUGUUUGACUGAAAGUCUAAGUGGUGAAAUGUGUAUUUGUGUACACAGCAACAUAAACAAAAACUAGACAAAAAUUUCUUUCUUGGCUUCCUAUUCCAGUCCUUGCUUCCACUUGUAUUUAUGUUUCUACGCACCUGUUACCAGUCUUAGUUGAUUUUUUCUUAAAUCGAGACGCUUUUUCGUCUUUUUUGGCAAAAUGACACAAGCUUUUUCACAUGCUGUUGGUCUGGAACUUGUUUCCAGAGGGAUUCUUUUUCCCUUUUUUUCUACUCAUAGAUUUCAAAGCCAGGUGGGCUUUCAUUACCCCAGUACGGAUCUGGACAAAUAAAGGAAGUUUCACAACUUUUUUAGCAAUUUUUCGUUUCCUUUGUUUCUUCAGUUUUUCCAUUUUUUUACAAUUUUUCAUUUCUUUACUUCUUCGAUUUGCCAUUUUCGGAUUUUUAUUUUUUUUUUGAUUGUUCAAUUUUAGAUUUUGCAAUUUUUCGAUUUAAAAUUUCUCGAGUUUUCAAUUUGCAUUUUUUCGUUUUGGUUUUUGUUUUUUUAUUUUUACAAUUUUUCGAAUUUGCAAUGUUCGGAUUUUA